UUAGUAAAAAAAAACAGCAACACGAGCCGAGGAGUCAUUUCAGGUCUGAGGAGGUUGGAGCUGCUUGGUGUGUGUUUGCUUGGCGGCCAGCGAUUUGAACUUCUUUCUGCUCACAGCUGGGAGUUCUCUGGCGGUGGAAUAUACCUUUCACUGGAUAUACCCUCUCUUCCAUUAUCAGGAUUUGCGUGUGUGUCUAGAUUACGGACCACUGCCCUUGAACUGGAAAGCAAGCCCUGGGUGUUUCCACUGGGACGGUAUUAAAUAAUCACCCGCUGCGUCUCGCUCUCGGAGAAUUUCCAAAAUGCUGGAUAAAUGCAUCGAAGAGAUCUUCGUCCACAAGGGUGAUGAACUCACAGCAAAACAAGUUGCACCGAAGGAGCCCUUUGAAAAGCUCUAUCAGGUCGGCCCGCUGCUGGGAAGCGGCGGGUUCGGUUCCGUCUUCGCGGGACAGCGCCUUUCGGACGGGCUGCAGGUGGCCAUAAAACAGAUUUCAAGUGACAGAGUUCAGCAGUGGGCCCGGCUGCCCAACGAGCCCCACCUCGUUCCCAUGGAGAUCGCCCUGCUGCUGCGGCUGGGGGGCAGUGCCGGCUCCGGCCCGGCCCACCGGGGCGUGAUCAGGAUGCUGGACUGGUUCGAGAAGCCGGGGCAGGGCUUCCUCAUCGUGUUCGAGAGACCCCAGCCCUGCCAGGACCUGUUCGACUUCAUCACGGAGCGGGGGGCCCUGGAGGAGCCUCUGGCGCAGAGGUUCCUGCGGCAGAUCGUGGAGGCGCUGCGGUUCUGUCACGCGCGGGGCGUGGUGCACCGCGACGUGAAGGACGAGAACGUGCUGGUGGACACGCGCACCGGCGACGUCAAGCUCAUCGACUUCGGCUCGGGGGCGCUGCUCAAGGACGCGCUCUACACCGACUUCGAAGGCACUCGGGUGUACAGCCCCCCGGAGUGGGUCCUGCACCAGCGCUACCACGCGCGGCCGCUGACCGUCUGGUCCCUGGGCGUGCUGCUGUUCGACAUGGUGUGCGGCGACAUCCCCUUCGAGCGCGACCGCGAGAUCGUGGACGCCCAGCCCCACUUCACCCGGCGCCUCUCCAAAGAAUGCCAGUCCCUGAUCCGCUGGUGCCUGGCCUUCCGGCCUGAGGAUCGGCCAACCCUGGAGCAGAUCCUGCACCACCCCUGGAUGGAGUCCUCGGAGGAGUACAGUGACCUGCAGGGGGCGGAAUUGCCCGCCCAGUCUAGCCUGUGAGCUGGGACGCGCGCUGUCGGAGUGGGAGAAGUAUGCUGGACGUGCCUGAUCCUGUGGUCCUCACGCCGGUUGCCACAAACACCCACCCCCCCUGCGAAUCACACCCUUAUUUAUUUAUUUUUGGGGGAUUUUGACAAGCAUAUUUAUUUGCAACAGAGCCACUGGCUAGUGUCCAGGAAUCUUCUCCCACAGAGCGACAUCCCAGCCAAAGGGACACUGUUCAGGGUUUGCAAUCGGAGAGGUGGGGAGUAUUUACAAUCAUCACAGACUAGAGAUACUGAAUGUUACAACUGUUUACAAAAUGCACAGGCCGGUCGGAUCUGUUAAUGGCUGUGUGACCACAGAUUAUUAUGGCUGUAGUGCUCAUUGUUUUGUAACUUAUUAAUAUUUAUUCAAGUAUUUUGGGGAGGUAUGGGGUGUAUUUGCUUUGUAUGUGGUGGUGAAAUGCAUGUCCAGAUCCUUCCUCCUUGAAUCGGACUCUGAGAAUUGACUGUUCAGAAGCUGUAUGUGACUUGGCGUCCGUUGUGACAUGACCUGGUUCUACAGGUUACUGCUCACUGCGGCUCUGGUACCUCGUUUUAAGAGGAGACGUCUACUUCCUGUCCUCUUCCCACCCCUGCUGGGUAAUGGGUAGGAGCUCCAAAGACUUUGGAAGACGAGAAGUUUGUUCAGGACUUCAUUGACCUUUAGUACCUUCAGUUUGAACUCUGAGUACCUGGACUGUCCUCAUCCCCAGGGAAGUGCUUGCGAUGACUGAAGAGGAGGAAAACGGCAGUCCCACGGGCUGGCCAAGGACUAGUACACUGCUGGCUUCUCCCUGUUGCUGUGCAGUCCGUCCUCCCCACCUGCAGUUCUUCCCAGACUCGGAGAGAGAGAGUGCCUCUUUGUUCAGACAUUAUGGCCAAAUCGAUCUGACUUGUGUCCCCUGUUGCUCUUUUAAAUUCCUUAAAAGUAAGAACAGUGGGUGACCAAGAAUAUUUUUUUAAUAAUUCUGGGUUUUUUUUUUGUGCAAUUUUGAAUAUUUUUUUAUUCUGAAUUUUCACUCCAAGGACCUCUAACUCUGGCUUUGAGUUCCACACAUUUUUUAUUUAUUUUAACGUUUAAGGAAAUAAAACCCCUUCUCUCCUUCUGGAGUGGGGGUGGGUGGGGGGUGAAAAAUCAUUCUGUUGUCAAAACCUUUGACCACCCCCCCCCAGACACACAGCUGGGAAUGUUACAGAGCUGAAACCGGGUGUGUCGAUGGAAUUUAGUUGUUGUUUUUUUGGUGCUAAGUAUCACUCAGGAUUGUGUUUGAAUACCGUAACAUGUGAGUAUGCUGAUGUUUGUGCAACAAACAGGCUGCUGUGCUAAGUGCGCCCUAUAAUUCCAGACUCCGCCUCUGCUUGUGAACUGGCUGCGUUGUGCCACGGGGGUGAGGUUAAGGCACGGAGGGGCCUCGUGUGCACAGAAACGUGCCGCAGGUGAGAUCGAGGGGUACUGGAGGAGCCCCGCUGGCUGUUGUGCAGUAGUUUGCACUCUGGUCUGCUUUGUGCUACCUGAGGCACGUGCCAGGCAGUUCAUGCAUCAUUGUCGUUCCAACAUAUUUAGCACAAGUAACCUCCUGAUUUCUAAAAAACGGAAAAAUAAACUGUUUGUGGUUCAAUUCCCAAAGUCCCCGUUGCUUCCACACCUUAUAUUGCUUUGGGAUUGGAUGAGAAAAGGCAUUGUGAAAAACCCAUAUGAAUUUUUAAUCUUAGUUUAAAUACUGGGGUUAGUGAUCUAUUGUUUCUUGUAAAUACUUGUGUAUUGUAAUGAUGUAAUGUGACAUUUGUCACUUGUUCGUUAAAUUAAAGGGGGGGUUGGGGAGCUUUCAGAAAUGUUUAUUUAUUUUUAAAAAUGUCAGGGAGAAUUUGUUUCUCCAUCUGAUGAAUAAAGACACCUUUUUUAAAAAAAUCUA